AUGAAACAAUCAAAACAGAGCCACAUGGUUAUAAUACAUUUUUUUAAAUAUUUUAAUUUGAAAUAUAAUGAUAAAUAAUUAAUUAAAUCAAAUUCAUCAUGGCGAAGCAAUAUAAGUCCUUACAUCCUGCUAAGUAUUAUCGAGACUAUCUAUCACACAAUAUUCGUCCGGAUGGCAGAGACUUUGACAAGUUCAGACCAAUUAUAUUAAACGUAUGUUCAAUAGAUACAGCUGAUGGUUCAGCUAUAGCCAAAAUAGGCAGAACUACUGUUGUAUGUGGAAUAAAGGCUGAAUUCUGUAAACCUAAAGCCGAGACACCAAGAGAAGGAUUCAUUGUCCCCAAUUUAGAGUUACCCCCUUUAUGUUCUCCAAAAUUUAGACCAGGUCCUCCAAGUGAUCAGGCACAGGUAUUAACACAACUUAUUGCUGACAUUAUUGAAAACUCGGAAUGCAUUGAUCUUAAAGAAUUAUGCAUUUUCCCGGAUAAACUAGCCUGGUGUCUAUUCAUUGAUUUUAUUUGUCUAGACUUUGAUGGAGCUGUAGUGGAUGCAUGUGUUUUGUCUUUAAUGGGAGCUCUACGAACAGUUAGACUGCCAUCUGUAGAAUAUGAUCCUGCUAUAGACAACAAGCUAGUUAAUUUAGAGGACCGAAUACCUUUACAUGUCCGUUCAAAUCCAAUCUCGACGACUUUCAUUAUUUUUGAUGACAAAAUUAUACUAGCUGAUCCAACUGCAGAUGAAGAAAAUCUUUGUAGUGGUAUCGUUACAAUUGUAUUGAAUGGUGACAAACUUUGUUGUGUUCACAAACCAGGUGGUAGUGCAUUAACAGAAGAAGAAUUGUUUGAUUGUGUAGAGAAGUCUAAAAAAAGGUUACCUUCCAUCGAAAAUCUCAUAGAGGCUGCAUUAAAAAAUGUAUAGGUUUAAUGUAUAAACAAAUUA